AUGUUCGCCUUCUCAAGAUGUGUCAAGCUUCUUCUGACCAUCUUUCUCGCUUCGUCAGCCCUCUGCUUGACUUGCUACAAGAAGGACAGAUAUAUAGAUAUGGUGGACGUCAUCCACCAUCAGAAGUUCUGUUGGAGCUUCUACGUCCCCGAGGAGAGAACCGUGACCCUCGGCGGACACUACAUCCAUACGAACUCCACUGCCAAGGUUUGGAACACAGAAAAUGGAGAGGAUUGUCGAUUAGAAAAAAUGGUGUCGUUCGAAGAGGAGUACAACAUGUAUGUCUGUCUCUGCCUCACCGACCGUUGCAACUGGCCUUUCAGCUACAAGGAGUUUGCCGCCCGCAAUUUUUCGAUCAAAGCGAAGGCCGGCGAGCAACUGCUUGAUUCGAUGAUUCCAAGUUUCAGCUUCACCAAGAUGAUCUAA